AUGCUUGCCUACACAACCCCAACGGACACAGCUCUGUAUCGGCGCAUCCCGGCUAACACGACAGGCCUCGCCAGCAUCCUCUUCUUCAUCGAGCGACUCCAGAGGUGCUACAUACCCACGGGGGAGAAGCCUGUUAGCAUGGGAGUUGCUGCUGGCUGGUACAUGUUGUCAGCUCUCCUACAACAAGGCUCCAACACCUACCCAAUCAGCACUGCAGCACGGGUAAUCUACUGGGUUGGCUACAGUGUGUCCCUCAUUGUGUACACAUCAUACUCUGCCACACUGGUCUCACAUCUUGCUGUGGAGCAGCCUGCACCUCUGCCAUUCAGCAACCUGCGGGACCUGUCUAGGCAGUCAGGCUGGGAUGCUGGAUGCAACAACAAUGACCUCUUCCAAGUGACAGCCUCGGUGGGUCCUUGGCUUCUUGCUGUGUGAACUGAUAUACCAUCCAGUGGUUGAGAGUUGAGGAGAGAGAGAGAGAGAGAGAGAGAGAGAGAGAGAGAGAGAGAGAGAGAGAGAGAGAGAGAGAGAGAGAGAGAGAGAGAGAGAAUUUUGUUCAGUGCCAGAUUUAGGAGUCCACAAAAAGACCAGCUGCCCAGGAGCCUCCACAAUCUGGGGUCUCCACAAUCUGAGGAGUCUCCCACAUAAAUAUUCUGUAAGUGAAAGAAACUUAAAUUAAUCAAACACUAGUUUUCUAUGAACUAAAUAUUUUUUUUAUUACUAUCAAAAUAACCACUUGUUUCAUUUACACUAAAUAAAUAUGUUCCUUUCACUAUAAUAUAUUAUAUGUAUUAAAAACUGCAUGGAAUACAGAUACAAAAAUAUUAAUAUAAAUAUUUCAGGUAGAUGGCCUCCACACUCAGGCUGCUCACAGGCCUCCACAGACACAAAUCCAGCCCUUGAUUUGUAAAUUAAUUAUUUUAUUUAAUUAUUUAUUUUUUCUUUGUAAGAGGAGCACUGCCUUAGGGAGGGAGAGGGAGAAAGAGAAUAAUAAAAAAAAAAAAAAAAAAAAAAAACCGAUGCCAUUUCUUUAAGAAAUGGCAUCUGUAAUAAUAAUCUGUUAUAUGCCAUAAUAAAUUAUGGCAUAUAACAUAAAAUGUUAUAUGCCAUUUGAUAACAGUUUUCUAUAGAUCUAAGUGUAACUCAGUAAGUUUGUAACACGAUCUCCCUUUCCUAAAUCCAAAUUGCUUUAUUAUCACUGGGAGAGGCUGGGAUGGACUGGGAGAGGCUGGAAUGCACUGAGAGAGGCUGGGAUGGACUGGGAGAAGCUAGGAUGCACUGGGAGAGGCUGGGAUGGACUGGGAGAGGCUGGAAUGCACUGAGAGAGGCUGGGAUGGACUGGGAGAGGCUGAAAUGCACUGGGAGAGGCUGGGAUGGACUGGGAGAGGCUGGGAUGGACUGGGAGAGUCUAGGAUGCACUGGGAGAGGCUGGGAUGGACUGGGAGAGGCUGGAAUGCACUGAGAGAGGCUGGGAUGGACUGGGAGAGGCUGGGAUGGACUGGGAGAGGCUGGAAUGCACUGAGAGAGGCUGGGAUGGACUGGGAGAGGCUAGGAUACACUGGGAGAGGCUGGGAUGAAAAGGCUGGGGCUGGGGCUGAGGCUGGGGGAAAAGGUCAAGAAUGUUGGGUGUAUCUCCAAGACAGUCAGGAAUACGAGUAGGGUGUUGCACCAAUUGCUCUAGGUCAUGGAGGAUAGCAAAGUUGUAGGCUAGUUCACCAGGAUGGUCAGUGAAGGGAGAGGAAAGCCAAAGCUGGUGGUGAACAUUGAAGUCUCCAAGAAUGGAGAUCUCUGCAAAAGGGAAGAGGGUCAGAAUGUGCUCCACUUUGGAAGUUAAGUAGUUAAAGAAUUUCUUAUAAUCAGAGGAGUUAGGUGAGAGGUAUACAGCACAGAUAAAUUUAGUAUGAGAGUGACUCUGUAGUCGUAGCCAGAUGGUGGAAAACUCAGAAGAUUCAAGAGCGUGGGCACGAGAGCAGGUUAAAUCAUUGUGCACAUAAAUGCAGCAUCCAGCUUUGGACUGAAAAUGAGGAUAGAGAAAGUAAGAGGGAACAGAAAAGGAGCUACUGUCAGUUGCCUCAGACACCUGAGUUUCAGUGAGGAAAAGAAGAUGAGGUUUAGAAGAGGAGAGGUGGUGUUCUACAGAUUGAAAAUUAGAUCUUUGACUGCGAAUGUUGCAGAAGUUAAUGAAGAAAAAGUUGAGGGGGGUGUCAAGACACUUAGGGUCUUUGACAGAAAGGCAGUCUGACCUGGGGACAUUUAUGGUCCCCUCCCCAGAUGGGGACUACGAGGCUGGUGUAGGAGUCGCCACGAUGAUUUUAAAAUUUUUGAGUGAAAGGUGUGUGUGUUAUUAGGUGCUUGUAGUUUUGUGUGGAGGAAGAGAGUUGUCUUUAGAGGGCAGGCUAUGACUGCCCCCUUGUGUUGUGAGACACAAAGGGAAACGUUCAGCGAGGUCACAGCUGGGUUUAAUGAUAAGUUCACAGCACCCCCUGAACAGUGCUUUAGACCUCACUGGUAGUAAUUAUCAUUUAGGCAGAUGUCUACUGCCUCCUCAUAUAUAUAUAUAUAUAUAUAUAUAUAUAUAUAUAUAUAUAUAUAUAUAUAUAUAUAUAUAUAUAUAUAUAUACCCAGCCAACAUUGGAUAAUGGGAGGCAUGUGGGUGUUUUGUGGGCUACUUUAUGGGUCCCAUGUGGGCUACCCACAUUACUGUAAAACACAGGUUGUUCUUGGAGAUUUAAACUUUUUGUAUUUAUAAAUAUUGAUUCACAUGACAGUAAAGAUUCAUUUUACUAACAUGCCAGUUUCUCUUAAACCAAGCAAUUUACGUGUAAUCUUAUCUUACAAAUGGCUUGAGGCAUUCUCUAACCCUCUUGGAAAGUCGACAGAUAUAAGUAAUACUGCUAAUUUUCAUUGAAAUAUUAAAAGAAAAUUAAAUAAAUAAAUAAAUAAAUAAAAUAAAUAAAUAAAUAAAUAAAUAAAAAUCUUUUGGUUCAGUGAUGUUCCUCAUUUUUUGUCCAAGGUUCUAACCAUACCUAAACUAACUUAACCACACCAAAACUAACCUAACCAUACCUGCUGUAACCUAACCAUACCUAAACUAACUUGACCACACCAAAACUAACCUAACCAUACCUGCUGUAAUCUAACCAUACCUAAACUAACUUAACCACAUCCAAACCUAACCACACCCAAACUAACCUAACUGUACUUGGUGUAAUCUAACCAUACCCAAAACUAACCUAACUACACCCAACCAUAUCAAACCUAACCUAACCAUACCUAAACUCAAGGCAAGGUAUGGCGUGUCUAGCCAGUGGUAGCCAUAAUUAUUUCCUAUUUUCAUCAAUAAGAAAAGGCAUUGAAUUCAAUUUAAAAAAAACCUUUCAAUUAUUGUUAAAGGUUUGUAGAAAAGAAUAUAUCAAGAGCUAGUGUUAUUUCAUAAGAUAGGUAAUGAAAUACUGGCACAUUAAUAAAAGUGAUAUCAAGCCUCAAUAUACUGACAUACGGUAAUAACAGUGUAGUACCAUCACAAUCACCAGCACCACCACCUUACCAUUUAUAUCACUAGACAACCACCUCUACACCGUACGUAAUGUACUUUCCACAUAUAAUGCAUACCUUUGGGCAAAUUGGUGUCAGCGGAGCAUUGAAUGAAUGCCUCUUGGCACUUGCUGGGAGACUGGAUGCCUUGGUAAUCUGCAGGGAUCACCACUUUUUAACACAGGCUAACUUCUUACUUUACACGUUAUGGAAGGCAUCAAGUAUGGCUUCAAGCAUUUUAAAGUAUUCACAACAUUGUCGAGUGCAAUUUAAGAUACCUUACUUCUGAACUGGUGUGAACCGCCAACGUACUGUUUACAGCACCCGCUGGGUUAAAACGUAUGUUCACUUUUUAAAUCUCUGGAUUAAAGUAUAUUGCAUUUUCAAGUUCAAAAAUUAAAAAUAUUAUUGCAUAAAAAUAAUGCACUUUUUUUCUCUUUCCACAAGUUACCUCCAACAGAUUAUUAAAGGUAGGUGGAAAAUUUAUUUAGAGCAUGAUGAACCCAGCCGUUAGCAGGAAGGCGGCACAACAACGUCAGCGGCGCACCUACAGAGUGAGAAGAGAUAUUUUCGCUGAGUACGACGAUGCUGAGUUACUGAAAAGAUUCAGAUUGGACCGUGCUGGUAUUGUUGCAGUGACUGAUAUAGUGAGAGACAAGCUGCAAAGUAAAACUGAAAGAAAUAGAGCCUUGACCCCUGAGAUGGUGGCCAUCACAUUACGAUAUUUAGCCACAGGAAAAAUGCAACAGUGCAGUUGUGAUGAUUUUGGAACAACGCAGCCCACUAUCAGCCGUGCAAUAUCACAGACAAUUGAUGCACUGGCUGACCCAGAAGUAAUCUGCCAGUUCGUGGCUUUCCCUCACACCCAGCGUGAAGUGCAGCAAAAACAGGCAGAGUUCAUGCAAGUAACUCAGUUUCCCGGUGUUGUGGGAGUGAUUGAUGGUACUCAUAUAAGAAUUGUGUCUCCUCAUGUCGAUGAACAUGUAUAUGUGAACAGGAAACGCUAUCACAGCAUAAAUGUGCAAGUAGUAUUUGAUGCUCACUAUAAGAUUCUUGACAUUGUGGCAAGGUGGCCUGGCUCAGUCAACGAUGCAAGAAUACUAGAUAAGUCAGCACUCAAACUGAUGUUUGAGGAACAACAUGUACCUGCAGGAUGCUACCUUCCCGGGGACAGUGGCUAUCCCUGUAAGCAGUGGCUCCUCACUCCUUACCUUCGCCCUCAAACUGUUGCACAAGCUAAUUAUAACAGGUGGGUUUAUUUGUAAAUAGUGUUCUGUUAGGUUUAGAUAUGCUUUGAACGAAUCUAGUAGCUUUCUCCCCAGGGCCGCCCUCCCGCGUGUGCCCGCAGCCCCUACAAGAACCGGUCCCUGCCCCCCUUUGGGCACGCUCUCCUCCCAAGGCUAAGUCCCCGGGGCGUGGCCGCCCAAACUAACCCCCCUCCUCCCAACAGUUCCAGUACCUUACGAUGCAGCCGAGGGGACUGACGCCACCACCACCACUGCCACCACCGCCACAACAAGGGUUAUUCAAAUGGGGAACAUGCUUCAGGUGUUGCCCCAAGAUGCCUCAGCCCCGCAGCCCCACUUCCCCAUGAUAGUGCAGGCAGGGAAUGUCAUACAGGUUGUUCCAGCUGACAACACGCAGGUAUUAGGGGCAGAAGUCGUUGGAGUUGGUCGGGUCAUGCAAGUGGUCGGAGUCCCAGGCUUUCCCCCGACCCCAGCCCCAGACCCCUGCCCCAGCCACCCCUCUCCCUGUGACCCCUGCCCAGUCAUCCCUCACCCCCUCCUGCCCCCCUGCGGUGCUGCCAGCGGGGGUGAUGGGAGGUGGAGGUGGGCCACACACACCUGGGUUAGCUGUGGCUUGGCUUAUCUCCCUCCUCAGCAGCAAAUCCCGAGGAUCAACGAGGACAUGGUGGACCCAGAGAUUGCAGCAGCAGCGAGAGAGAGAGAGAGAAGCAAGAGAGGAGGGAGAGGAAGGAGAGGAGGAGGAGAGAGAGGGAGGCCAGGAGGGAGGCACGUCAGAGAGAGAGGGAGAGGAAGAGGUUGAUUCUGUUACAACAACAACUGCAACAACAACAACAGUUAGUCAGUGAGGAGGGGGAGGGGCCGUCCUCUGAUGCUGAGGAUGAGGUAUUGUUCAGGGAGGCCAUGUCGGAGGUGCCGGUGGUGGGGUCGCCAGUUCCGGAGUACGAGGUGGAGGAGGAAAAGGAAGAGGAGGACGAGGAGGAGGCACGGAUAAGGAAGAAGAAAAGAUUAUUAGCUGUAGCCCUCCCUCCAGCUGAUAAGGGGAUAUUAAGGAGCCCUUCCUACAGGUUCGUUCGAUGCAAGGAGUUGGCACAGGAGGCGUCCGAGGCUGUGUAGAGCGGCCGUCUGAACCUGGUGCCACAGCUUACUAUGUUCAACAGAUGCCUGAAGGAAGUGUGUGUGUAAGGGAGGAUAAAGAGAUCAUGCUGGCCUAUGCAGACGAUGUCGCUGUCGUGACAGGAAGCCAACAAGAUCUUCAAGAGGCCAUGACAAGAUGGAAUGAUGUUUUAAAUAGGGAAGGAAUGAGAAUGAACAAACAAAAAACUUAUUUACUAGUGGACAAGCAACAAGUGAUGGUGUGGCUCUGAGCCACUGUAGUAGGGAUGUUAUGGUUUAAGUGUAGGAAGUUGCAAAUGCUCACCUAACAAUUGCACCUUAGUAGAAAAACACAAACAGGAAGUUUAUGCAAGUUUUUAUCCUUAUAUAAAAUGUUGUAUUGCAUCAAACCUCCAUACAUUACUGUCUCUAUCCAGUAUGAGACCGGUGUUCAGGAAGCACAAGCAUGUGCUGAAUAACAAGAAGCCGGCAUUGGUGAAGGUGACAACAUUUCAUCUAUUUAUACAUACUUUUUAUUAUUAAAGCUUAUCUUAUAAUUAUUUCUGAAGAGAUUGACUAAUUUUUGUAGUAUUUAUGACUUAGAACUAUGAUAAAGCUAUGAAUUGAUAUAAUUCCUGAUUUGUUUUAUCUUUUCAUUAUCCUUCCUUUGUUAAUUGAGCAUUUUAUAUUACUUAGCUUAAAAAUGCAAGAACGGUUCAGAAGUAUCCAACCUUGGGCUAAGGGCCAAAAUUAUGGUAUCAUUCAAAAUGUCCUUCAAAGAAAGCCCUCUGUAAUCCAACACACUUAGCCCAUUAAUCCUUCCAUUUCUCAUCAAUUUGUUCAACAUUCAUAUUUUUCCCUUAUAGGGUUGAACAAUUUUCAUGGGUUCAGAGCAAAAGGCUUCCUCAUUCCUCCCAAGGUAUUCUCGGAUGGUAAGCAGGUUUGACUCUGGAGCAAACCUGACCAAGGGCUACUGCCCAAGGCUACAGAGGUUCCUCUCCCUGAGGCUGAAUGCACCAUGUGAGAUGGUUCUGUUAUGUGGAUGAAUGUCAUGGUGGAUAGCAGUGCCACCACAUUCCUACAAUCAUCCAUCACUCCACUGCUCAAACGCUUCUGCAACCAAUGAUAGGUAUGCUGCCACAUUCUGCAUGGUCUCCUUGGCUCUCAGAUAAGGAUACUGUCAACAGGUUUGGGAUUGCCAAAAAAUCAUAAGGAGCUAUGUCUGAAAAGUCCAGAGAGAGAGAGAGAGAGAAAGAAUGAGCAAGAGAAAGAGUAGGAUGAAGCAAAGGAAGAGUCAAGAGGGAGGAAGAGAGAGUAGGACAAGAAAAAACAGAACAAAUAAAUCCCCUACACGUCUUGUCUCCAUUCACACAAGCCAUGAAAAGCUUGUCCAUCCCUGAGUGCUCAGAAGCAGUGUUCCACUGAUGAUGUGGAAACUUGAGACACCCAAUCAUUUAAUGGGCUUUAGUAGGUUUUGUCACCAGUCUUCUGUGUGUCACUGACUACAUUUUGAAAUUUUUAUCUGUUCUAUUUAAUUUUGUGUGUAUGUACACAAUGUUUAUGGUCAAUAAACUAUUUAUAAAACUAUUUAUCUGUGUGAGUAAGAUAAAAGCAGUUAUUGUUAUUAUUAUUAUUAUUAUUAUUAUUAUUAUUAUUAUUAUUAUUAUUAUUACACAUUUUCCUCCUUGUAUUUAAAUAUUAUUAUUAUUAUUAUUAUUAUUAUUAUUAUUAUUAUCAUGAAUUGUUCUUGUUUAUAAAUAAAAUACUGUAACUGA